GGGCGGGCGCGGGGCGGCCAUGGCGGCGCAGGAGGCGGCGGUGCGGGCACAGGCAGAGGCGGUGCGGAGGCUCAAGCAGGACAAGGCCGACCCCGACGAGAUUGCAAAGGAGGUGGCAAAGCUGCUGGAGAUGAAGGCCCAGCUGGGGGGAGAUGAGGGGAAACCCAAGUUUGUGCUCAAGACCCCGAAGGGCACACGGGACUACGGCCCCAAGCAAAUGGCCAUUCGGGAGAGGGUCUUCAAUGCCAUCAUCUCCUGCUUCAAGCGCCACGGGGCAGAAGUCAUUGACACACCCGUGUUCGAGCUGAAGGAGACGCUGACGGGGAAAUACGGGGAAGACUCGAAGCUCAUCUAUGAUCUGAAGGAUCAAGGAGGGGAGCUGCUGUCCCUGCGCUACGACCUCACAGUGCCCUUCGCUCGCUACCUGGCCAUGAACAAGAUCACCAACAUCAAGCGCUACCACAUUGCCAAGGUGUACAGGAGGGACAACCCGGCCAUGACCCGGGGCCGCUACCGCGAGUUCUACCAGUGUGACUUUGACAUCGCCGGGCAGUUCGACCCCAUGAUUCCCGAUGCCGAGUGCCUGAAGAUCGUGCACGAGAUCCUGAGUGACCUGCAGCUCGGGGACUUUGUCGUCAAGGUCAACGACCGGCGCAUCCUCGAUGGGAUGUUUGCAGUUUGUGGGGUCCCAGACAGCAAGUUCCGAACCAUCUGCUCCAGUGUUGACAAACUGGAUAAGGUGCCGUGGGAGGAGGUGAGGAGCGAGAUGGUGGGAGAGAAGGGGCUCUCUCCCGAGGCUGCAGAUCGCAUCGGGGAGUACGUCCAGCUCCACGGUGGGCUGGAUCUGAUCGAGCGGCUCCUCCAGGACCCAAAGCUGUCGCAGAACAAGCUGGCCAAGGAGGGGCUGGGGGACAUGAAGCUGCUGUUUGAGUACCUGACCCUGUUUGGGAUCACAGGGAAGAUCUCCUUCGACCUGAGCCUGGCGCGGGGCCUGGACUAUUACACGGGGGUGAUCUUUGAGGCCGUGCUGCUGCAGCAGGAGAACGAGCACGUGGAGGAGCUGGUGGGCGUGGGGAGCGUGGCUGGAGGCGGCCGCUACGACGGGCUGGUGGGGAUGUUUGAUCCCAAGGGCCGGAAGGUGCCCUGCGUGGGGGUCAGCAUUGGGAUCGAGCGGAUCUUCUCCAUCCUGGAGCAG